AUGAGUUGGGCAUUUGUCCAAAAGGUGUCACCUCCAACGUGUUCCGCUUCAAUGUGUCUUCGGCAGAGAAGAACAGCACCAACUUGUUCAGGGCCGAAUUUCGGGUGCUGCGUGUGCCCAACCCAAGCUCCAAACGCAGUGAGCAGCGCAUUGAGCUCUUCCAGAUCCUUCGGCCGGAUGAGCACAUCGCAAAGCAGCGCUACCUCAGUGGCAGGAAUGUGCAGACACGGGGCUCCCCGGAGUGGCUGUCCUUCGAUGUCACCGAGACCGUGCGAGAGUGGCUUCUGCACCGAGAGUCCAACCUUGGCCUGGAAAUUAGCAUACACUGUCCUUGCCAUACUUUUCAGCCCAACGGGGACAUCUUGGAGAAUUUGCACGAGGUCUUGGAGAUCAAGUUCAAAGGCAUUGACAGUGAGGAUGACUAUGGCCGUGGGGACUUGGGGCGCCUGAAGAAGCAGAAAGACUUGCAUAAUCCUCACCUCAUCCUGAUGAUGUUACCCCCGCAUCGGCUGGAGAGCCCGUCGUUGGGAGGCCAGAGAAAGAAACGGGCCCUGGAUACCAACUACUGUUUCCGGAACCUGGAGGAGAACUGCUGCGUGCGUCCUCUGUACAUCGACUUCCGACAGGACCUCGGCUGGAAAUGGGUCCACGAGCCUAAGGGCUACUUUGCUAACUUCUGCUCGGGCCCUUGUCCAUACCUCCGCAGCGCAGACACCACUCACAGCACGGUGCUGGGCUUAUACAACACGCUGAACCCUGAGGCAUCUGCUUCGCCCUGCUGCGUCCCCCAGGACCUGGAGCCGCUCACUAUCUUGUACUAUGUCGGGAGGACCCCCAAAGUGGAGCAGCUCUCCAACAUGGUGGUGAAAUCCUGCAAGUGCAGCUGAAAGGCACCCUGGCCCGCCCAAAGCCAAGACAGAAACUGUCAGCACCCACUCUCCUGCUCCCAGGCUAACACAAAUGGAACUGGGGGUCAGAGACUAUGCAUGCUGAGGGCCGAGUGCCAAGACCUGUGGCUUGGGGUCUGGCAGCCCUUGGGGAUCUCUUCUGGAACAUUUCUUGGUCUUGUUGGCAGUGUCGUAUUCCUUCUGGAAGUUACUUUGGUGACGCGAAGGCCACACUCUCCAAAAUGGCUGGACAGUUGGUGCGGAAGAGAAGGAUGGGGUGGAGGAACUGCUGUGUGUUUGAGUGCAGGGUGGCUGAGCUGGGAAAACGAGGGAAUGAGAGCAGGUGAAAGGGGGAGUGGAAAUGGGGAGAUGUCUUCUAUUCUAGCUUUAGCUAUCUUAGGACCUCAGCCCUCCCCACUGGCCUGAAGAAUUUAAGGUUUGCCCUGUAGGAGGAGACCCUGGAAGUUUCUUUAGAGAAAGAAAAUGCACCAAGAAAGGAAGCUGCUGAGAGAAAAAAUGCUCAGAGAUAUACUUAGACUUCUGUUCCUCAGAGCUG